AAAAGAAAGCUCAAUUAUCUAUCUUUCGUGGGGGACUAGUGUCAGGUAGCUGUGUGUCUGGUCUGAACGUGAACGCAUCGUAGACAGAGCUGUUGUCAAGAGACGUUGCUAACCUUUCCACAGAGUAGUAGCUUCAAAUUGGAGCAAUGUUUGGGUACAUCUGGCAGUAUGUUUAUACAUCAUUUCUGAGAUACUGGCUGAAAUGGCUUAUCAGACAGGCAACAGGGAAGUGUGAGCUACAGAGAAUAUGCUCUGGAUACAAGCCAGGGGCGUUGCGGACAACAAAAGCAGAAUAUUCUCUUCAGGCAUCUAAGAACAAGGUUUUGAGAGGAGCUUUGAAAUCUAACAAGGAUAAUUUGGAGCAAUGCGUGGACCAAAUUAUGAAAGAGAAGAAUAUCAAAUCUCAAAAAGACCCCUUGUUCAAGGGGAGCCUACACAUCUGUCUGCUACAGAUGACAGGAUACAGCACCUUGUAUGUAUCUGUGGAAGACUUGAGGAAAGAAGUCUUUAGUCCUGAGAAUCCUGAACAUGAAGCCAUGCUUCUGAAGCUGUGGGACUUGUUGAUGCCAACGGUCAAACUGGAAUCCAGAAUAACCAAACAAUGGGGAGACAUUGGAUUCCAAGGAGAUGACCCCAAGACUGACUUCAGAGGGAUGGGUCUGCUGGGCCUGAUUAACCUUGUUUUUUUCAGUGAAAACUACACAGCCGAGGCUCGUCAGGUGUUGUCUCAUGCAAACCAUCCUAAACUAGGGUAUUCAUAUGCCAUAGUUGGAAUUAACUUGACAGAAAUGGCUUACAGCCUACUGAAGAGUGGUGCUCUGAAACCACAUUUCUACAAUACAGUCCAGGGCACACCUGAGCUGAGACACUUUCAUCAGCUAUACUGUUAUCUGGCUUAUGAGUUUGACAAAUUCUGGGUGGCAGAAGAACCAGAGAGCAUCAUGCAGUUCAAUCAGUACAGAGAAAAAUUCCAUAACAUAGUCAAGAGUCAUCUGCAGGACCCUGAUGUUUCUCUCAUACUGACUGUCAGUACCAACUAAUGUGUUUUAAAAAUUCUCGCCAGAUCUCUUCAUCACCUGUGACAUUGUUUUGGUCUGGUGCAAAGAAGCAGAAAUGUUCAGAAAGAGCAAAAACAGAAGCAUCAAAAAGUUCCGUUUCAAACAAAACAAACCCAUUUUUUGUUUGGUUAGUGACUCAUUUGUAGUAAAUGGUAAAGGUUUUACACACAGAGCACAAAUCCAGCUCCUUAUACCUCCAAAAAAUGACCAUUCCAGUGGUGUAAUUGUUGUUGAGUGUGAAAUGGGAGCUGCUGCAGGGGACUCAGAUGGUAUUAAUGAUUUUUAAGCACUUUUGGUGAUCAAAUUUUUGAAGAACAAAGAACAACCAAACUUUAGCUAUCUUGUUGUAUUUAUAGACUUUUUGUUUUCAUAAUUACCCUGCUCAGGAAUGUAUGAUUGUGUUCACAGCUCAUGGCUAAAACUUAAUGGAAGGAAUGUCUUCAUUGUGUAGAGUUGUGCAUACUUGUGUCUCACGUCAUUAAUGCUGUAUGUAAUCUAUGCGAUGUGAAACGCAGAAAGGUUUUAUGCCCUGGUUCUCAUUAAUUUGUGUAUGAAGACUGAAGCAGAAUUUUUAUUACCUGUUAUUUUUAUGUAGUGAUUUACUUUUGAGGAAGGUUUGUAAAGACUCACACAUCUUUCUCAAAGUUAAUAAAUUCACAUUUGACUUA